AUGGACGCCGAUUGUGGCCCUCGCAGCAGCCAGCUCAACCUCAGCCUCCAUUAUCGCCAUCCGCAUCACGCCGGCAGCAUCAGCGCUCAGCGGUCGCAUGGCCUUCACGGCACCCACAACCCGCAGCCAAACGCUCGCCACCGCCAGCAGGACUGCCAGGAGGCCAGCCGGAGGCAGUACCUCCGUGCCGCACCGGACGAAGGCCGCGUGGCCCGGGAAACAUUGGACGGCGGCGCUGGUCGCCUCACGCGGGCAGGGACGGCACCCACAGCCAACACCAUCAACUCCAUCAACACAAUCACUCUCUCCACCAACUCCAUCAACUUCAUCGGCCCCGUCAACAACAAAAACCUGCUUCUCUUCCUGCGUCUUCCAACACAUCCAUCUCCAUAUCUAGUAGUAGUAGUAGUAGUACUAGCACGUGCGCACCGCAUCACGACGUUUUUCCGGCUCUCCAACAGCAACGCGACGUUUCCAAUCCCGGCCUCCAUUGCCCCACACAUCGCCGCGAUGGACGAGACCACCAACUGUGACGUUGCAAGCAAACAGCCUGCUUCGCCGGAGACACCGUUGACCGUUCCAGCACUGUCUUCUUCGCCAGGUGAGAACGCGGCCACGAGCAACGCCCUGCACAACCACAAAGACCGCAGUCCUUCUCCCAAAGCCCAGGUAUCCUCGCAACAUGAGAGUCCAACGUCUGCGCCGUCUCCUCGCAGCCAAGCGUAUGCAACAAUAGACAGCAGCAGCGACCGGGACACUGUGCGUGAUGACAUUGUCCCCGUCAACGACAGCCUUCCUGAGCCAGGCGCCGGGCCCGGCCAAAGUACCUACCAGAACGUCACAGCGCCGUUCCACUUUCCCAUGCCAAGAAGAAACAGCGUCACGGACAAUGCCAGCAUCGCUCACCCGUCCCCUCCAAAGCAGGCACAGACAGCCCAGUCGGCCCAGACAAUGCAGCAAGCUCCGUCCAGCGCAGACACUGCCACCUUUGGCGGCUACUUUGCCUAUUGCCUCGAUCGCGGCAACGGUCUGUAUACCAGACUGAUCCCCGCCGAUCGCUUGCCUCCCACGGCUGGCUUUGUGGCGCUGCAAAACGACAGCCGGGGCAUGUUUGUGCUCCCGGAUCCGUCAACCCAUCUGUCUCCUAGUAUGGCACUGCCAUCGAUGCCGGUUGUCAAUACCAGCGUCACAUACAACUAUGGCACGCGGCCAGUCCAACAGCGCCCCGGCCAAGUCGGCAGUGCCAACGCCAAAAAGCAAAAGGUAUACUGCGACAAAUGGGUGCACGAGGGCAUCUGCGCCUUCACCCAGCAGGGCUGCAAGUUCAAGCACGAGAUGCCCCACGACCGUGCCACGCAGCGCUCGCUCGGUCUCUUUCAGGGGUAUCCGAACUGGUAUAAGAAGCUGCAGGCGCAGGAGCAGCACCAGCAUCACCAACAGCACCCGCACCCGCACCAGCCGUCCAUGGAAACACCGGCAAUGGCACCAUUGGCGCUGCUGGUGCCGCCUACGCCCGGACAUGGAUUGGAGGCCACCAGCGUCCAAUCGCAACCCUUUCCCACCGGCUUCCCAUACCCGAACAUUGCCCCGGUGUGUGUGCCGGCGCCGCCACCGCCAACGCCCACGCCCCUGCUGCACCUUGCCCCUGCGGCAUACCAGCCCAUCUUCUCGAACUUUGGCAGCCCAACGAGCAACCGCCAGAAAUCCGGCUUGAAUGGCAAUACUGCCACCGGUAUUGAUGGCCACUGGCGCGCAAACAGCAUCCACGCAGCCUCUUGGCGCACAUCGCCCGUGGCCGGCACCAUGGCCAACGUUACCACUGCUUUUUCUGCUGCUGCUGCUACUCCUGCCGUGACAUCCACCGUCACCACCGACUACCUCGCAGACAACUUUGCCCGCGGCCUCACCAUGGACGGAGUCGCCAGCUUGACCAGCAGCACAUCGCCCACGUCGAUGGGCGGCGAACCACGUACCGGAACAGCGGCCUUUAGCAGCUUCGGCUACGGUGCCAAUAGCAGCUUUGGCCGCGGAUUCGGUACUCUCGGUGGUCAUCUGCUCCCACUCGGCCCGCUUGGUGAAAGUGAAAGCGGUGGCGGCAGCAGCAGCAGAACGUUUGGCCCCAUCGGCCCACCUCCGACAGCAUCAAACUCCUCAAUGCCAGGUGUAUCUUCGCCGGCGGCGACGGCGACGGCAAGCUUCACCUACCGAAGUGCCGGAGACGAGAGCGGCCACUUGGCAACCGACUGGUAG